GGUGAGGCGAGCGUCCGGAGCGGCGGGGCGGGCGACUGCGACUGUGGGUGGCGGGUCACUCGUAGGUAACACCGAGGCAGCCUCUCCGGUGUGGGCAUCGGAAACCCUCCCGCUAGACCGGAGAGAGGCCUUUCUUCCCCUGACGAUCGCCCCAGGAUCCCCGGUCACCACUUGUGCCUUACUUUGUGUGCUGAGAGAACCGUGAAGAGAGUGGAGUAAAAAUAAUGUGGAGCGUUGAACUAAAUCAGACCCCAGAAGGUCCUGAUGCUGAUGCAGGGCAACUUGUCUUAAACUGUCAGUCUCAGCGCAGUCCUCUGAAAUGGGACGUGGGGCUCCAUCUCACUGAGAUGAGAAUUGGAACAAUUGGAACGACCAAACAAUGCAGAUGUAAUCUGUCUCUAGAAAGACUGACCCUAGUGCUUGAAAUGCUUUUUUAGAAUAGUAGCAAAAAUGGAAAAAGAAAAAGUAAGGGAUGAUGAAACACCAGACCCAGAAAACUCUUUGGACUUUUCUGAACAAUUUAAUCAGCUCGAAUUGUUGGAAACCCAUGGACACCUGAUUCCCACUGGUACACAGAGUCUCUGGGUAGGCGAUUCUGAUGAAGAGGAGGAGCAAGAAGAAAAACACGAAGAAUGGUAUCAGUUGCAAGAGAAAAAAAUGGAAAAAGAUCCAAGCAAAUUGCUUCUUUGGGCUGCUGAAAAAAAUCGGCUUGCUACAGUGCAGAGGCUACUUUCUGAGAAGGCCACUGAAGUGAACACUAGGGACGAAGAUGAGUACACCCCUCUUCACCGAGCAGCCUACAGUGGACACUUAGAUAUUGUUCGUGAGCUGGUGGCUCAGGGGGCAGAUGUUCAUGCAGUGACUGUGGAUGGCUGGACACCACUACACAGUGCUUGUAAGUGGAAUAACACCAGGGUGGCCUCCUUCUUACUUCAGCACGAUGCAGACAUCAAUGCCCAAACAAAAGGCCUCUUGACCCCUUUACACCUUGCUGCUGGGAAUAGAGACAGCAGGGACACCCUGGAACUCCUCCUGAUGAAUCGCUACAUCAAACCAGGGCUGAAAAACAACUCACAAGAAACCGCUUUCGACAUUGCCAGGAGGACAAGCGUCUAUCACUACCUCUUUAAAAUCGUGGAAGACUGUACCAACUCUUCACCUCCGUCUUAAUGGCUCUAGUCAUUUUCUUAAGCUUCAAAGUACCAGUGCCUCCUAUGUAUGAGAUGUAAAAUAUCCCCAUAUACAGAGAGCAGAUGUCUCACUACAGAAAUUUUGUUGGAUGAAUCACAGUUUUCUUUCAAGUGACCUGCCUGACCUUGGUGUCAAAGUGUAUUUGAGAGGUGUUUGGAUGCAACUGUGGUGAAUGCCACAGACAUUGUGAUUUUUAUCAGAGGUAAUUUUAACUGGACAUGGGUAAUAGAGAAGCUAAGGAUAUUUUUUGGUGCUGAUCCAAGAGAAAAGUAUUUUUAAAUAUCCCAUACCCUGGGUCUUUGUUCAGUGUUCAGCAUAUUGACUUGUAUUUUUAUAAGCUAAGAUAACUCCAAAUUUUCAUCUUCAACAUACUGGUGCAGUUCCGCUGUAUCUUCUCUGCAUCUCCAGUUGCUUUCAUCCUAAACAAGAAACACUAACAAAUUCGUGACUUACAUCUUCAUAAGUUCAAAAAAUAGUGAAACAUUUAGGUGUAUUGUAAGAUGUAGCAAUUCUGAGGAAAGCAGUUAGGGAGAUGUUUAAUCCUUGAAUGUUUUACACUGCCUCCCCCACCACAUUCCUCAUAAUCCUGUGGACAGUCCUACCUCACCCUGGUCAACCCAUGUGACCCUUAUUGUUAUGGCCAGUCAGUGUCACUUUGACAUGCACAAAACUGUACCUUGGUCCAAGAGAUUAAAACUGCCCUCCAAAGGGUUCACCCGUCUCUCUCCCUGCUGGUUUGGGCACUACUUACCUAGACUCAGUGAGUUCCAGGAAAUGUCCACCACUACCCCUCAGCCCUCAUUUUCUACAAGCCAUGACAAAGGCAAAGGCACACAGAAUCGUAACAGUGAGGAGUGAUUAUCAUAUGGGACCAGAACAACAAGUGGCUCGGGCUUUCUUACAAAAACCAAACAACAAGAGACAAAAUAUGGGUAGUGACACAGCAUAACUAGAAACAGUAGAAACUGACAAUGCAGAAGGCGUGAAUUCUUUAACUGGCACAGAAUUUCACUGGAUCUGUGGCACCUUUGUUCAAGUUCAAGCUGCAUUAACUUUUCUCUUCCUGGUGCCUGCAACAUAGUUUGUGAUGGACUCCCUAGCCCCUCUGUAUUCCCAAAGGGUCUUCUCACCACGAGAACUUGAGUCCAAGGGAAAGACCACGAGGGGCUCAUUGUCAGCGUUAGCUUAGACUCACCCAGGAGUUGGCCUCUAGUGUGUCUGGAAGGGAAUUAAUAGAAAGGUUUAGCUGAAGAGAGACUGCAUGUCCAGAUGUGUGUGGCACCGUCACAUGGGCUCAAGUCCCAGAUUAAAUAAAAAGGAGAAAGCAAGCUAA